GGUGGCAUGCCUCUCGGUCCGAUGCCAACGGCGGGAAUGGCAUAUAUGGGACAAAGUCACUUCCUUGGAAUGCGUACAGCAGCUUCUCAGUAUACCCCUGAUAUGCGGAAGCAGUUUGUUGAAGAACAGCAGAAACGAUUUGAACACCAGCAGAAGGUUUUGGAGGAAGAAAGAAAAAGGCGUCAGUUUGAAGAGCAGAAGCAAAAGCUACGGCUUUUAAGCAGCGUGAAACCAAAGAUGGGUGAAAAAAGCAGAGAUGAUGCCCUGGAAGCUAUUAAAGGGAACCUCGAUGGAUUUUCCAGAGAUGCUAAACUCCAUCCCACACCAACUGCUCAUCCCAAAAAUGCAGAUCAUCCCAAACCAUCUCAUUCUACCGUGUCUGUCUCCCAAACUACCGCCUUUCUUGACGAUGAGGAGUUUAGUGACUUUAUUCAGGGACCUGUCGAAGCCCCGCCAUUUGUGCCUCCAACCUCUUCCCAGCCUUUUCAGUCUUGUCGUCCUGCUUCUCAAGCUGGGCAGCGGCUUUCAGAGAAGGCUGUGGCCCACCCUCUCCCUCCAGCCCAGUUUCCUGUAACCUCCGUCCUCCAGGGCGCUGUGGGACCAGUACCCUAUUUCUCUCCUUCUCCAGCUUCACAAAACACUCAGAAAACAGGCUGUUUCUUAGAAGACAAGCCCUUGGCAACUUGCGGGUUGAGUGAAUUUGGGCAGAUCAAACAUAAGGCGUCUGAGGUUGAGCUCAGUGCUGCCGCUUCAGCUGUAAACAGCCCUGGUCCCCAGUUAGCAGCCAGUGGCAGGAAGUCCCUAGGGGAACUUCCCAAGGGAACCCCCUGUCCAGAGGCAAACAAGGCUUCAGACCAAAAGCUGCCAGUUCAAGAGCGCGGUGUUGGAGUUUUUCCUUCACAGGAUCCAAUUCAGCAAAUAAUGCCUCCAUGGAUUUACAAUGAUAAUUUAAUUCCAGAUCUUUAUAAGAAGAUUCUCGAAACCACCAUGACACCAUCCGGGAUAGAUACCGGCAAACUCUAUCCAAUUCUGAUGUCCUCUGGGCUUCCCAGAGAAACUCUUGGACAAAUUUGGGCCUUAGCCAAUCGCACCACUCCAGGGAAGCUGACAAAAGAGGAACUCUACACCGUUUUGGCUAUGAUUGCAUUAACUCAGAGAGGAGUUCCAGCCAUGAGCCCUGAAGGUUUAAACCAGUUUCCUUCUGCCCCCAUCCCUACCUUAAGUGGGCUUCAGAUGGCCAUCCCUGUCACAGUGAGCCAACAGUCUAUGAUGCCUCCUGGGCCAUCGGUUUCCAUGCCUCUUAGUAUAGGACCAACAUUGGUGGGGAUCAACAUGGCGGCACCAAUGGGUGCAGCCACCACACAGGCUUCCAGCAGUUUCAUCCAACCUUUCCCUACAAACCAGGUCCCAAAAACAGAUGAUGAUGACUUCCAAGAAUUCCAAGAUGCGUCCAAGUCAGGGGGACUGGAUGAUACUUUUACGGAUUUUCAAGGGGAAGUGCCUGGAUCCAACAAAAUGUUAGCAGCACAGCAGCGGAGCAGUGCUCCUUCAAUGCUGAUACCCCUGUCAGGCCCCAAAGUGACACCUGCUGUGGAUAAAUAUGCUGUCUUUAAAGGAAUUGCAUCUGACAAGCCUGCUGAAGGUACUGUCCUGGUUCUGACAGACAAUGGAGAUAAAUACAGUGCUUUUCGAGAACUGGAGCAGCCAUCGGAGAGUAAAUCUAUAGGCGAGAGCUUUGCAGAUUUCAAGUCCCCGGGAACCGAUGACGGCUUCACUGACUUCAAAACCGCGGACAGCAUCUCUCCACUAGAACCGCCAACAAAGGACAAAGCCUUUCCUUCCCCUUUCUCUUCCCUUUCUCUACAGUCCAAACAACAACCCCAAGCAAAGCCGCCUCUGAAUUUGGCAGACCUGGAUCUGUUCUCCUCAGCCUCAACUGGAGAGAGCCAACCCACUCUCUUUCCAGCUGCGUACAAUUCCCCCAAACCAGCAACUUUUGCUACACCAUCACACCCAACACCGGCCGCCGCCACUACUCUGCCCAUGCCAGGCAGUAGCUCGGCCCUGGCCAGUGACUUUGCCGACUUCAACCUUUUUGGCGGGUUGUCGAGUUGUCCUCCGGCUACCACUCAGGACGAAUUUGCAGACUUCAUGGCUUUCAAUAACAGCGCCGUCUCUCUGGAGCAGCAGCUGGAUGAUAAACACAGCACCCUCAAGCAAGACGCCAACGCCGUUCCCCCUGCUGGCUCCUUAGCCGGCGUCGUCAAGAACGGGCAGAGCCCCGUGGCUGCUUCCAACAAAUACGACAUCUUCAAGCAGCUGUCUCUGGACAGCCCCGGGUUGGGGUUUGAGGAACUAAAAGACCACACUCCUUCCUCGGUGAAAAGCGAAGACGACUUUGCUGAUUUCCACUCGAGCAGGUUUUCCUCCAGCUCGGAAAAAUCCCUCGUCGACAAACUGGCCGCUUUCAAGCACACCAAGGAGGACUCGGCUUCCGUCAAGUCUCUUGACCUCCCAUCCAUUGGUGGCAGCAGCGUGGGCAAGGAGGAUUCGGAAGACGCCCUCUCUGUCCAGUUUGACAUGAAACUGGCAGAUGUGGGAGGAGACCUUAAGCAUGUCCUGUCUGAUAGCUCUCUGGAUUUACCAACGGUUAGUGGUCAACAUCCACCAGCAGCAGAUCUCGACGACUUGAAGUGUGCCCCGUUUGGCAGUUACGGCAGUGGAUCUCUUCUGAGUAGCUUCCCAAGCUAUGACUGGUCUGAUAAAGAAGAUGCCUGUCAGAGCAGAAAGUCUGUCCCCUUCUCCCUUCCUGCAGGGAACGGAUCCUCCUUAGCCACCUCGGUUCUCCAGAAGAAGGAGACGUUUUUUGGCAGCUCUGAAAAUAUCACCGUGACCACCGUUUCCAAGGUAACGACUUUUGCGAACGAGGAUGCUCUCCAAGACGUGAAGUUCUCCUCUUUUGCCAACUUCAGCGAUUCCAGGCCUCACUCGGUGGACCAAAGCGAGGAUGAAGUGGAAGACUUUGGAGAGUUUGCUCGAACACUGGAGGACGGAAGCGAGAGGCCCGCCACAGGCGGACCUCAAGAGGCCGAUUCAGCAGCUGGGAAAGAAGUCUUUGACGACUUUGGAGAGUUUCAAGGGGAGAAACCCAAGAUCAGCAAAUUUGACUUUUUACUGGCAACUUCCCAAGGGAAAAUGAAAUCCAGUGAAGAAAUGAUCAAAAGCGAGCUGGCCACUUUUGACCUCUCUGUUCAAGGUUCUCACAAAAGGACCCUAAGUUUGGGCUCCUCACCUCUGCCACCCGUGGAGCAGCCUUUCAGAGAUCGAUCAAACACUCUGAGCGAGAAGCCUUCACUGCCAGUCAUCCGAGACAAGUACAGAGAUCUUACUGGGGAAGUAGAGGAAAGUGAGAGAUAUGCCUAUGAAUGGCAGAGAUGCUUGGAAAGUGCGCUGCAGGUCAUCAAGAAAGCAAACGACAUCCUGAACGGAAUCAGCAGUUCUUCUGUAUGUACUGAAGUCAUCCAGUCUAUGCAGGGCAUGGAAUAUUUAUUAGGGGUCGUUGAAGUUUAUCGAGUCACGAAGCGAGUGGAGCUGGGCAUCAAAGCCACUGCCGUCUGCAGUGAGAAACUCCAGCUGCUCCUGAAGGAUAUCGAUAAAGUGUGGAAUAACCUGAUUGGAUUUAUGUCCCUUGCAGCCUUAACGCCUGAUGAAAACUCACUGGAUUUCUCCUCCUGUAUGCUUCGCCCAGGAAUUAAAAAUGCUCAGGAACUGGCCUGUGGGGUGUGCCUCUUAAAUGUGAACUCAAGGAGCAAGAAAGAAGAAAUGCCUCUGGAAGAACAUCCUAGAGAAGCCUUCAACUCGGAGACGGACAGCUUCAAGCUUGCCUACGGAGGGCAUCAGUACCACGCCAGCUGUGCUAACUUCUGGAUCAAUUGCGUAGAGCCCAAACCUCCAGGCCUUCUGUUGCCCGACCUCCUUUAA